CGCCUACUCAUCUAGUAUCCAAUAGAUUUUUCAAUGUUUAUCCAUAAUAAUCUGCGAUUCAAUCAGCAUACAUUCUGCACAUAAGGUACGACUCGUCUCCCGCAUCGGGCACCGGCCUCGCUGCCUCAGGCGCCCACGCCGUCACCGCACCCGCCACUUUGUCCUGUCCGUCCCAUCGUUCUCUCCUCGUGCCCACCCCUCGAGACUAAGUUGACUGCUCAACUCUCCAGAUUACUAGAACAAUAAAACGAUUCGAGAGACCUUUCGACAUGUCUCGCCGUGCCACCCCGGACCGGGCGGCGCAGAACCAACAGACGAUCAAGACCCUGUUGAAGCUCGAGUCGAAUAAGACCUGUGCCGACUGCAAGCGCAACAAGCAUCCGCGAUGGGCGUCAUGGAACCUGGGUAUCUUCAUUUGCAUCCGAUGCUCGGGCAUUCACAGGGGCAUGGGCACCCAUAUCAGCCGGGUCAAAUCGGUGGAUCUGGACUCAUGGACGGAUGAACAGCUGCAGAGUGUGGUACGGUGGGGGAACAGUAGGGCCAACAAGUAUUGGGAGGCUAAGUUGGCGCCCGGACAUGUUCCUUCGGAAGCGAAGAUAGAGAAUUUCAUUCGCACAAAGUACGAGUCCAAGAGAUGGGUGAUGGACGGUCCGAUGCCCGACCCGGCUACGCUCGACGAUGGAGAUGAUGAUGUGCCUCUGGCGGUGGUCCAGGAGAAGGCGAAGAUCGAACGUUCGGCAUCGCAGCGCGGGGGGGCUUCUGGUUUGCCCGCAGCCCCGCGACGACAAGCCCCGACGAUUGAUUUCUUCGGCGACACGGAAACAAUCUCACCUCCAGUCCGCCCGAGCACGACGGAACCUGCGCCGCGCGCAGUGCCCAAGGAGUCUCAGCCUGCACCCAAGACACAUCGACCUGCAGAUUCGCUGCUCGGGCUAGACUUCUUCGGCAGCACCCAGCCAGCUGCUCCCAACCGUCCCGCGAGCACCACUCCUACGGGAGUGGCAGGCCUGUCUCGCCCGGACCUCAAGCAGUCGAUUCUCUCCCUUUACUCGAAACCCGCUCCGGCCCCGGCGCAGCAUGAGCGGACCUCCUCAUUCGGAGACCUGACCUCCCCCAUGCCGUCAUCGGCGCAGCCGCAGUCAUCCUCGACACUUGGUGGGAUAACCGAUGCGUUCAGCGGACUGACUUUCCCGUCGGCCAGUACCACGAUGAAACCUGUCGAGAAAGCAUCCCCGUUUGCCAGUCUGGCCACCUACACUAGCCCCAAGUCCUCGCUCGCGGCUCCCAAAGUCACUUCACCCUCACCUGGCACCAGCGGCGGUGGGCUGUUUGACAGUCUCACGUCGCCCAACCCCCCGGUUCCCAACCCGCAGGGACGCACGUCUUCGAUCUCGUCCAACGGAUUUUCGAACGAUCUGGGUGGCUUCUCGAGCUUUGUCUCUCCGUCGACAACAGCAACGAAGCCUAACGUGCCUCCUCCUUCCUCCGCUCUCUCCAACGACCUGUUUGGAUUCUCUUCUCCGGCUUCUGCGCCUGCUCCUGUCGCAGCAGCUCCCAAGUCACCCAGCAUUUCCUUCCCCCAGCAAGAAAUCAGGUCUGCUUUCAACCUCUCUGCCCCGGCGCCUGCGCCUGCUCCCAAACCGGCCGUCCCCGCAACUACGUCUGUCUUCUCCUCUGCCGUGAUGGAUCCCUGGGGCGGAAACGCAUGGAACACCCCCGAGCCCGCCGCCCCCGCCGCCCCGGCGCGUUCGAUCACCACCACCACCACCGCUACCGCCCCCACCAACCCUUCUUCCAUGAUGAGGGUUCCUGACACUUUAACAGCCAAUGACUUCGGAGCUGGUUGGGGUGCGCCAUCUGCUAGCAUCAGUAAGCCGGCGGCCACGGUGGCCGAAGACGAGGAUUUCGGCGGAUGGACCAGCGCCGCGCCGGUAGCCUCGACAACGACGACGACGACGACGAACACUAGUGGCAAAGCGGCUGGCGGGUUCGGCGGAUCAGACGACCUGUUUUCCAAUGUCUGGGAAUGA